AUAUAAUGAUAAAAUUAGUAUAUAAUUUAAAAGGUAAAAGGAAAAAUUAUUAAAAGUUAAUUAAAGGAAUUCGGCAAAAUUUUAUAUUCACUUGUUUAUCAAAAACAUGUCUUUUUGAAAAUAAUUUAAAGUCUAAUCUGCCCACUGAUAAUUUAUUAAAGGGCUGCAGUAUUUUGACUGUACAAAGGUAGCAUAAUCAAUAGUCUCUUAAUUAGUGACUUGUAUGAAAGAUUGGAUGAAAUAUAUUCUGUCUCUAAUUAAUUUAUAGAAAUUAAUUUUUUAGUAAAAAAGCUAAAAUAAUUUUAAAAGACGAGAAGACCCUAUAGAGUUUAAUAAUUUAUUUAAUUAUUAUUAAUAUAUAAUUUUUAAAAUUAAAAUUAAAUAAAUUAUUUUGUUGGGGUGAUAGAAAAAUUAAAUUAACUUUUUUUAUUUAUUAACAUUAAUUUAUGAUUAGAUGAUCCAUUAAUAAUGAUUAAAAGAAAAAAUUACCUUAGGGAUAACAGCGUAAUUUUUUUUUUUAGUUCAAAUAGGAAAAAAAGUUUGCGACCUCGAUGUUGGAUUAAGAUAAAAUUUAAAUGCAAAAGUUUAAAAUUUUGAUCUGUUCGAUCAUUAAAAUCUUACAUGAUCUGAGUUCAAACCGGUGUAAGCCAGGUUGGUUUCUAUCUUUAAAUAAUUAUAAUAUUUUAGUACGAAAGGAUUAAAUAUUAAAAAUAAUUUUAAUAUAAUGAAUAUUAUUAAUAAUUAAUAAUAACUAUUUUGGCAGAAAAAAUGUGAUGAUUUUAGAAGUCAUUAAUAUAUAAUUUAUUUAUAUAUAUAGUAGAUGAUAAUUAAAGAUAUAUAUUUGUAUAUAAUUGGUGUUUUAAUUAUAAUUGUUGGGGUAAUAGUAGGGGUUGCUUUUUUAACUUUAUUAGAACGUCAAGUUUUAGGAUAUAUUCAAAUUCGUAAAGGUCCUAAUAAAGUUGGUUAUAUAGGAAUUUUGCAACCUUUUGCUGAUGUUGUAAAGUUAUUUAAUAAAGAACAGACUUUCCCGAGUUAUUCAAAUUAUAUAGUUUAUUAUUUUUCCCCAGUAGUUAGACUUAUUGUUAUUUUAAUAUCUUGAUUAUUAAUUCCUUAUUAUUUUAAUUUAAUUAGAUUUAAUUUAGGAAUUUUAUUUUUUUUAUGUUGUACAAGAGUUGGGGUAUUUACGGUAAUAGUUGCGGGGUGAUCUUCAAAUUCUAAUUAUGCUUUAUUAGGAGGAUUACGAGCUGUAGCUCAAACUAUUUCUUAUGAAGUUAGAUUAGCUUUAAUUAUAUUAUCAAGAAUUAUUAUAAUUAUAAAUUUUAAUAUAAUUGAUUUUUUUUUUUAUCAAGAAGUUAUUUGAUUUUUUUUUUUAAUGAUACCUUUAAGUUUAUGUUGACUAUCUUCUAGAUUAGCCGAGACUAACCGGACUCCAUUUGAUUUUGCAGAAGGGGAAAGAGAGUUAGUAUCUGGAUUUAAUGUAGAAUAUAGAAGAGGAGGUUUUACUUUAAUUUUUUUAUCUGAAUAUGCUAGAAUUCUUUUUAUAAGUUUAUUAUUUAUUUUAUUAUAUAUAGGGGGUUAUAGUUUAAGAUUAAUUUUUUAUUUUAAAUUAUCAUUUAUUUCUUUUGUAUUUGUUUGAGUUCGAGGUACUAUACCUCGUUAUCGAUAUGAUAAAUUAAUAUAUUUAUCUUGAAAAAGUUAUUUACCAGUUUCUUUAAAUUUUUUAUUAUUUUUUUUAGGCCUAAAAAUUUUUUUUAAUUAG